UUUCAGUUGGAUUCAAGACACAGCUUCUAUCAGCAGCAACCCAGUCAGACCAUGGCUGGCUUCAGGCAAGAGGAUGUGGAGGUAUUCUACGAUAUGGGGGAGGAGCUGGGAAGGUAAGUUCUGACAAGUGUAGGACUAACUACUACUACUAUCUGAGAGCACACAGAUUUUUCUGCCAUUUCAAGAUCGGACGUGUGUGUGUGUGAUACUGUAUUGCUGGAUGAUACUAGCCUUGACUUGAUUCAGCUUGCCCGUUGCAUCAGUGGGUAGAUGUCACGAGAAUGAUGUAUCUCAAUAUUCAAACUGAACUAUUUUAUAUCUCUGUCUGAGUCCUGAAGGUUGUAAAAGCUCCAGUUCAAUGAAUCAGACAGAGUCCCAACAUACAAUGAUCAGUAUUUAUUCAGAGAGCGCUCUGCCACAAAAUGGGCGCACAGUCUCUUUAUACUCACACAUACAUACACACACACACACACACAUGUUCUUAUCAUAGCCUAGUCCUUGCUCGGGCAAGCUGCAUUUUUUUCUCUAUUCCCAUACAUAGUUAUCGCUGUUCUCACAAUAUUCUGCAAGCCUCUCAAUCCCCCUCCCUGUGUGGGGACAUCUGUUUUUUGAAACCGGUCUCCUGUUAUUGGUUUCAACGUUUGCACUUCUGCUUGCCUAAUUACAAGACACAAAUCCUCUGUUGCUGGGCAAAUAUGCAUCUUAUAUAUAUAUAUAGUCAUACAUUAUUAGUUUAACUGAGGGUGUGACAUUUUAGUCAUAUCUUACUCACACAUUUCUUUAUCAGUAGAGUUCGCACUUCAGGGCAAGUGAGGGAAACUCGAAACCUGGCCUACCCAGCACAGCAGACAAGCUCAAUCAAGUGUGCCUACUAAUGAAUAUGUUUUGAAUGAGGUGGCAGAAUAAUGCAGAUCUCUUGUCACCUUUUAGUUCUCGCUUGCAUGUUAAGUGAAACACAAUUUCUCCAAACAAUCUUUUUAAUAUAGAAUCCGUUGUUUGACUCUCAUAAUGAUAUACCAGUAUAAUACCACUUAUUUAACCUGAAAAUGCAUAGCUGGAGGAAAACAUCCAUUGGCACAUCCCCAGUGUAUUUGUGGGACUGUUUAUUAAACUGCAUCGCACUCUGCCUUGUUAUGCAAGCUCUGUUUUUAACAAGUCCUUUUAAACUAAACAGAGCUAGAGCAAUAGAAUGAGUCAUGCUUGUAGAGGAUUAAACCUGACUUCAUCCCAAAUGGCACCCUAUUCCCUACAUAGCGCUCUACUUGAACAUAGUGUACUAUAAAGGGAAUAGGGUGACAUUUGGGACACACUAAACCUGACUUCCUACCUUUAUAUGGAAGUAGGGUUGUUUGCUACAGCGUUGCAGCAGAAGAAUGACAUCAUUGACAUCAUAGAUCCGCUAUAAAAAAUCUCUGGGGGGGGGGGGUGUGUGUGUGACAUGGCCUAAUACAGAAGCAUGUCUGUUCUACGAAAUCUUUUCCUAAAUAAAUGUUUUCUCAAGUAUUUUAUUUUCUCUGUUACGCUGUGUGCACUGAACUGACAUGCGUGAUUGUUGCUGACACUCCGAUGUUCAGAUGAAGGGAAGGAAAUAGUCUAUAAUGCGCACCACCGCAGCGCUCAAUUCAAACAGUGGUGUGAGGGUUUGACUGUGGUUAGGCCUUACUCCUACUAGGGGGAGGGGUAGGACCACAGUCAAGCCUUCACAUCAUAACGGGGUGGUUUAUGAUCCCCAAUCAGAGACAGCUGUCUAGAGUUUGUCUCUGAUUGGGGAUAGUAUUUAGGCACCUCUCACAUCCACCUGUGUGUGGAUCAUUGUUCGUGUUUGUGCGUGUCUGCAAUUGUGUUCACAGCUCGUAAGUCACUUGGUGCUUUUCUCUCCUUGUUUAUUUUUGAAUACUUAGUGUGACAAGUUUAAAUGAAAAGGAUGUCACUCCACGAGCGCUCUGUCUACCGUCCCUUAACUACGCACUGUGACAAGUGGUGUGUAGCCUACAGGGAAACGUAUUCUGGCAAGCAGUCAAUGCACAAUAAUUCUUAAUGCAAUUACAGGAAAACACUUUUAAAAGCAGUUUUGGCAAAUGUAUUUUGAAAGCAGUUUUGGCCUUUGUUAAAAAAAGAGGGGCAACACAGUUUUCCAUUGCUACUACGUUUAUUUCUCUACUCCUUCAAUUGCGCAAGUGGCAUCGUUUUACAAAUGCAGUUAUAAGCAUGUUAGGCACAGCUGCAUAACAGAGCUCUUAAAGGGGAAAUGGCCUCUUAAAAGGGCAAUGACGUAGGCCUACUUCGUGAUAGAAACAUCAACAACACGGGGGCCAGUAUGAAAAAAAUAAAAAUACAUGUAUGCACUCACUAACUUUAAGACGCGCUGGAUAAGAGCGUCUGCUAAAUGACUAAAAUGUUGUGUCCAAUGGGGUAAAUGCAGAUGGACAAACCACAUGCUUUAGCCUAUGUACAUUUUCAGUGGUGAUGCGUCACGUUGGGCUCAAGCAGAUUUCCAUUCAAUUCUGUUAUUUCAUGUCACAACAAUAUUGUCAUUGGCUACAGAUAAAUCAAUGUCUUAUGCCCGGUAACUCUGAUUGGACUGAUGUGUUAACUUCAUAGCUAGCUAGUUGUUUACCACGCACUGUUACCACGUCUUCAAGCUAGGUAGCUAAGCUAGCUGAAACAUGUCGACUAGCUAAGCUAUGUCCUAGCAAAUAAUUUUCUAACUUAGCGUUAUAAAGGAAAUGUAGAGAGAACGUCUGGUGCUCAUUAUUCUCCUAAACUAUGUCCAUCCAAUAAAAUAAAGCAAGCUGGAAAAGAAGAUUCAAGUCGAGUGGUUGGUGGUGGAUCAUGUAGCAGUUGCUAACAUCUGUUUUGAGGUAGGCUAGCUAUAAUAUCCUAUAGGCUACAAACAGUGGGGGGAAAAAAGUAUUUAGUCAGCCACCAAUUGUGCAAGUUCUCCCACUUAAAAAGAUGAGAGAGGCCUGUAAUUUUCAUCAUAGGUACACGUCAACUAUGACAGACAAAAUGAGAUUUUUUUCCAGAAAAUCACAUUGUAGGAUUUUUAAUGAAUUUAUUUGCAAAUGAUGGUGGAAAAUAAGUAUUUGGUCAAUAACAAAAGUUUCUCAAUACUUUGUUAUAUACCCUUUGUUGGCAAUGACACCGGUCAAACGUUUUCUGUAAGUCUUCACAAGGUUUUCACACACUGUUGCUGGUAUUUUGGCCCAUUCCUCCAUGCAGAUCUCCUCUAGAGCAGUGAUGUUUUGGGGCUGUCGCAGGGCAACACAGACUUUCAACUCCCUCCAAAGAUUUUCUAUGGGGUUGAGAUCUGGAGACUGGCUAGGCCACUCCAGGACCUUGAAAUGCUUCUUACGAAGCCACUCCUUCGUUGCCCGGGCGGUGUGUUUGGGAUCAUUGUCAUGCUGAAAGACCCAGCCACGUUUCAUCUUCAAUGCCCUUGCUGAUGGAAGGAGGUUUUCACUCAAAAUCUCACGAUACAUGGCCCCAUUCAUUCUUUCCUUUACACGGAUCAGUCGUCCUGGUCCCUUUGCAGAAAAACAGCCCCAAAGCAUGAUGUUUCCACCCCCAUGCUUCACAGUAGGUAUGGUGUUCUUUGGAUGCAACUCGGCAUUCUUUGUCCUCCAAACACAACGAGUUGAGUUUUUACCAAAAAGUUAUAUUUUGGUUUCAUCUGACCAUAUGACAUUCUCCCAAUCCUCUUCUGGAUCAUCCAAAUGCACUCUAGCAAACUUCAGACGGGCCUGAACAUGUACUGGCUUAAGCAGGGGGACACGUCUGCACUGCAGGAUUUGAGUCCCUGGCGGCGUAGUGUGUUACUGAUGGUAGGCUUUGUUACUUUGGUCCCAGCUCUCUGCAGGUCAUUCACUAGGUCCCCCCGUGUGGUUCUGGGAUUUUUGCUCACCGUUCUUGUGAUCAUUUUGACCCCACGGGGUGAGAUCUUGCGUGGAGCCCCAGAUCAAGGGAGAUUAUCAGUGGUCUUGUAUGUCUUCCACUUCCUGAUAAUUGCUCCCACAGUUGAUUUCUUCAAACCAAGCUGCUUACCUAUUGCAGAUUCAGUCUUCCCAGCCUGGUGCAGGUCUACAAUUUUGUUUCUGGUGUCGUUUGACAGCUCUUUGGUCUUGGCCAUAGUGGAGUUUGGAGUGUGACUGUUUGAGGUUGUGGACAGGUGUCUUUUAUACUGAUAACAAGUUCAAACAGGUGCCAUUAAUACAGGUAACGAGUGGAGGACAGAGGAGCCUCUUAAAGAAGAAGUUACAGGUCUGUGAGAGCCAGAAAUCUUGCUUGUUUGUAGGUGACCAAAUACUUAUUUUCCACCAUAAUUUGCAAAUAAAUUCAUAAAAAAUCCUUCAAUGUGAUUUUCUGGAUUUUUUUUCCUCAAUUUGUCUGUCAUAGUUGACGUGUACCUAUGAUGAACAUUACAGGCCUCUCAUCUUUUUAAGUGGGAGAACUUGCACAAUUGGUGGCUGACAAUACUUUUUUUCCCCACUGUAUAUUAUUGUUGAUGUUUGAUGGCAGACUGUAAUACGCAUGGAACCACAUGUAAAGGAAGGGUUAGUUAUAAAUGUAUUUGGAACUGUGCAAUAGAUUAAGCAAGAGAAUAGCCUUAUAAACGUUGCAUAUUGUUAACCGGGCCCCUUUGUAUCAGGCAGGCAGACGCACAUAAUAUUGCAGACAGAUUACUAGCUAGUUAACUCUAUAAAAGUAUGCUCGACUACCGUGGUCUUCCGUGCAAUAAGAGCUAAAGAUAUGGGAAGUAGCCAUAAACUGAUAAUAACCCAUGUUAUAACGUUUGUGUGUGGCUCAACUCUUUUCUGGGACUCAAUGUGUAGCCAGUGUAGUGUACUGGUUUCGAUGCCUAUGAGCUUUGUUGAUUGAGUUUGCCCCACUGAUAUUUUCAUUUAAAAUUCACCACUGUACAUUUUAUAGCCACUAUGCUGCAUCAGUUGGGCUACAGGUGAUAAUGCUUAUUGCUAAUAGCACGUCUGAUUAUAUAGACCAUGCAUAGGCUAUAUGCAUGGUCCAAUAUAAAAAUAAAUGUUUCACCAAUAUGUUAUUUGACUCAUUUCUAGAAGUGGAAAUUAUAUUUGAGAUGUUAUCAGCAUAAUUUUAUUUUCAUUCAUUUUGGAGUAGAUUGUCCUUUUUUAAAAAGCUUCUCAGUCCUUUAGUGUGUACUUUACUGUGUUUAUACUUGUAAUAUCACUUUUCAACAGGAAAAGUUCAAAAAUCACUGGUGGAUGCCUUUAAGUUUCAGUCAUGGGAUUUUUGUUUUGUUUUAACCCCUGGGAAAGGGCUUGCAGACACAUUAAAUGUCAGAGCAGAAAAUUCAGUUAUUUGCAGACAGACAAUAACCCAAGACAUUUCUAUAGGAACAUAUUGACUCACUGGAAUGCAGCAUUCAUAGCUAAUUCUUCCUAUAGCAUUACCAUGCACUAAAUCAAAUGUUGGGUGUUUUUUUUCCCGCCCACUUUACAUUUGCUUAGGGUCUUCGUCUUAUUACAUCAAAGUUAUGAAACUGCCAGCCAGUGCUGCAAUGCGGCCACUGAACACUAGCCUAUACAAUCUGUAGUCAAGAUUGGUAUAUUGCUUCAAAUCUGGAUUUUUCUAGAUGAGCUAUCUGAUUGUGGCCCAGUCACUCUUUCCUGUGUAUUCUAUGUUCAUGUUUUACUUUGUAUCAUCAUUCUCAUUAUGUAAUUGCCCCUCUCCCCUCAGCGGACAGUUUGCCAUCGUACGGAAGUGUAAAGAGAAGCCCUCUGGCUCAGAGUACGCCGCCAAGUUCAUCAAGAAGCGUCGCCUGUCGUCCAGCCGCCGGGGCGUGAGCCGCGAGGAGAUCGAGAGGGAAGUGAACAUCCUGGGAGAGAUCCAGCACAGCAACAUCAUCACGCUGCACGACAUCUUUGAGAACAAGACUGACGUCAUCCUCAUCCUGGAGCUGUAAGGGCGACUAGAUGAGACCAAGGUCGUAUUCAUAAAUAGUGUCAAAGUAGAAAUUCUGAUCUAGGAUUAGUUUUGCCUUUAAGUUCACAAUUAAUACGAUUACAUAGACAGGGGGGAUGUGAUCCUAGAUCAGCACAACUACUCAGACAUUUUAUACAGUGAGGGAAAAAAGUAUUUGAUCCCCUUCUGAUUUUGUAUGUCAAAGAAAUGAUCAGUCUUUAAUUUUAAUGGUAGGUUUAUUUGAACAGUGAGAGACAGAAUAACAACAAAAUAAUCCAGAAAAACGCAUGUCAAAAAUGUUAUAAAUUGAUUUGCAUUUUAAUGAGGGAAAUAAGUAUUUGACCCCCUCUCAAUCAGAAAGAUUUCUGGCUCCCGGGUGUCUUUUAUACAGGUAACGAGCUGAGAUUAGGAGCACACUCUUAAAGGGAGUGCUCCUAAUCUCUGUUUGUUACCUGUAUAAAAGACACCUGUCCACAGAAGCAAUCAAUCAAUCAGAUUCCAAACUCUCUACCAUGGCCAAGACCAAAGAGCUCUCCAAGGAUGUCAGGGACAAGAUUGUAGACCUACACAAGGCUGGAAUGGGCUACAAGACCAUCGCUAAGCAGCUUGGUGAGAAGGUGACAACAGUUGGUGCGAUUAUUCGCAAAUGGAAGAAACACAAAAUAACUGUCAAUCCUCCUCGGCCUUGGGCUUCAUGCAAGAUCUCACCUCGUGGAGUUGCAAUGAUCAUGAGAACGGUGAGGAAUCAGCCCAGAACUACACGGGAGGAUCUUGUCAAUGAUCUCAAGGCAGCUGGGACCAUAGUCACCAAGAAAACAAUUGGUAACACACUACGCCGUGAAGGACUGAAAUCCUGCAGCGCCCGCAAGGUCCACCUGCUCAAGAAAGCACAUAUACAGGGCCGUCUGAAGUUUCAGAGGAGAACUGGGUGAAAGUGUUGUGGUCAGAUGAGACCAAAAUCAAGCUCUUUGGCAUCAACUCAACUCGCCGUGUUUGGAGGAGGAGGAAUGCUGCCUAUGACCCCAAGAACACCAUCCCCACUGUCAAACAUGGAGGUGGAAACAUUAUGCUUUGGGGGUGUUUUUCUGCUAAGGGGACAGGACAACUUCACCGCAUCAAAGGGACGAUGGACGGGGCCAUGUACCAUCAAACCUUGGGUGAGAACUUCCUUCCCUCAGCCAGGGCAUUGAAAAUGGGUCGUGGAUGAGUAUUCCAGCAUGACAAUGACCCAAAACACACGGCCAAGGCAACAAAGGAGUGGCUCAAGAAGAAGCACAUUAAGGUCCUGGAGUGGCCUAGCCAGUCUCCAGACCUUAAUCCCAUAGAAAAUCUCUGGAGGGAGCUGAAGGUUUGAGUUGCCAAACGUCAGGCUCGAAACCUUAAUGACUUGGAGAAGAUCUGCAAAGAGGAGUGGGACAAAAUCCCUCCUGAGAUGUGUGCAAACCUGGUGGCCAACUACAAGAAACGUCUGACCUCUGUGAUUACCAACAAGGGUUUUGUCACUAAGUACUAAGUCAUGUUUUGCAGAGGGGUCAAAUACUUAUUUCCCUCAUUAAAAUGCAAAUCAAUUUAUAACAUUUUUGACAUGCGUUUUUCUGGAUUUUGUUGUUGUUAUUCUGUCUCUCACUGUUCAAAUAAACAUACCAUUAAAAUUAUAGACUGAUCAUUUCUUUGUCAGUGGGCAAACGUACAAAAUCAGCAGGGGAUCAAAUAUUUUUUUCCCUCACUGUACGUAUGGCCACAAACCUGGGUUCAAAUUAGCCUGGGUGCCAGUCUGUUCCUGCUCUCUUGUAAAGUGAAAAAUCCAAAAACAUCCUGAUGUGGUUCUGUUGAGAUGCUAGUUGUGUGUGUUGUGUUUCAGGGUGUCUGGAGGGGAGCUGUUUGACUUCCUGGCAGAGAAGGAGUCUUUAACAGAGGAGGAGGCCACACACUUCCUCAAACAGAUCCUGGCUGGGGUCCACUACCUGCACUCCAAACGCAUAGCUCACUUUGACCUCAAGGUACACACACACACACACACACACACACACACACACACAGAUCUCAGAUGAGGUCUACUACCUGCACUCAAACACAUUGCACACUUUGAUCACAAGGUGAACUGUAGGCUGUGGAGCUGGGUAAGCCAGGGUCAUGUUCAACAGAAAAUGUUUUGCAAUGGAAUACGAAAAUGAGCGCUUCUUAUUCUUAAGUCCAGGUAGUCUCUGCCUGGUUAGCUGUUUGGUGCCUAGUGAACACGAUCCAGGCUGGUGUUUUAAACAGUCAACAGUUGUCUUUAUUAAACACAUAUGCUAUAUAUACAAAAGUAUGUGGACACACCUUCAAAUUUGUGGAUUCGGCUAUUUCAGACACCCGUUGCUGACAGGUGUAUAAAAUCGAGCACACCGACAUGCAAUCUCCAUAGACAAACAUUGGCCUUACUGAAGAGCUCAGUGACUUUCAACGUGGCACCGUCAUAGGAUGCCAUCUUUCCAACAAGUCAGUUCGUCAAAUUUCUGCCCUGCUAGAGCUGCACCGGUCAACUCUAAGGGCUGUUGGGUCAACUCUAAGGGCUGUGGUGAAGUGGAAAGGUCUAGGAGCAACAAUGGCUCAGCCGCAAAGUGGUAGGCCACACAAGCUCACAGAAUGGUGCUGUAGCACGUAAAAAUCGUCUCCUCAGUUGCAACACUCACUUCCGAGUUCCAAACUAUCACUGGAAGCAACGUCAGCACAAGAACUGUUUGGUUUGUCUGGAGCUUCAUGAAAUGAGUUUCCAUUGCAGAGCAGCCGCACAAAGGCCUAAGAUCGCAGUGCCAAGCGUUGGCUUGAGUGGUGUAAAGCUUGCUGCCAUUGGACUCUGGAGCAGUGGAAACGCGUUCUCUGGAGUGAUGAAUCACGCUUCACCAUCUGGCAGUCCGACGGACAACUCUGGGUUUGGCAGAUGCCAGGAGAAUGCUACCUGCCCAAAUACAUAGUGCCAACGGUAAAGUUUGGUGGAGAAAUAAUGGUCUGGGGCUGUUUUUCAUGGUUUGGCUAGGCCCCUUAGUUUCAGUGAAGGGGAAUCUUAACGCUACAGCAUACAAUUACAUUUUAGACGAUUCUGUGCUUCCAACUUUGUGGCAACAGUUUGGGGAAGGCCCUUGACAAUGCCCCCGUGCACAAAGCGAGGUCCAUACAGAAAUGGUUUGUUGAGAUCGGUGUGGAAGAACUUGACUGGCCUUAACAGAGCCUUGACCUCAACCCCAUCGAACACCUUUUGGAUGAAUUGGAAAGCCGACUGUGAGCCAGGCCUAAUCACCCAACAUCAGUGCCUGACCUCACUAAUGCUCUUAUGGCAACAUCUAGUGCAAAGACUUCUCAGAAGAUUGGAGGCUGUUAUAGCAGCAAAGGGGGGACCAACUCCAUAUUGAUUUCCAUUAUUUUGGAGAGAGAUGUUCGACGAGCAGGUGUCCACAUACUUUUGGUCAUGUAGUGUACCAUGAUAGUAUACCGUUUAGGAUAUAAUAAUAAUUCCGGUCAGGUAUUUUUGACAUUUUUAUUAUAUUUCAAAACAUCUGUAGUGUAUCCAUUCUCUUCUAACUUGUAUUAUGGAAUGCUUGUUUGUUUUUGUUUCAGCCGGAGAACAUUAUGCUGCUGGAUAAGAAUAUUCCCAACCCCAGGAUCAAACUCAUCGACUUCGGCAUCGCUCAUCAGAUCAAAGCUGGGAACGAGUUUAAGAACAUCUUCGGAACGCCAGAAUUCGUUGGUGAGACCCUCUCCUACCCCUCAAGACCAAAAGAGCCAUGAACUGUCAGUACGGCUUUUAUGUUCAAAUGUAUUAUUUUCACUUCAGGUUCAGAUUCCCUUUGGAAAAAAUAAAGUUGUUCUAUUCUAUCCUACACAUUCCUUGUUAACACAUACAGUAUCCAUAAAAUGUAUAUUUACACAAAUAUCUUAUUGUUAUGGUAUGCCCACAUAGGGUAAAUAUUCCUUCACAUUUAUCUUAUUAAGUGGAGGUCUGUGUGUUGGGAUAUCCUUGACGACCAUCUGAGUUGAAUUAAGGCUUUAAAGCGAUCCCGGUAAUAAUGCUGCUUGUUUUACAGCUCCAGAGAUAGUCAACUAUGAACCGCUAGGCCUGGAGGCUGACAUGUGGUAAAAUGGACUAAGAUUAUUUAAAAUGUUUUUUUAAAAUGUUUUUGAGAAUGUUUUCUUGUUGUUUUGCUCUGAGGGUACAUUUCACUAAGUUCUGUCCCUCUUGUCUCUCCAGGAGUAUUGGAGUUAUCACAUACAUUCUGUAAGUACUGGUUCACAUUAUAAUGUUUGUCUCUUUUCAUACAGUCAGUUGAGCAACAUAAACAGUGUUAUGUUAAAGUGUUUCAAAUCUAUAUCCAUUUUUGCAUUACAAAUGACAACUAUAGAAGUGAGUUAUUUCUCAGUAAUUCCAUCGUCAAAGUUAUGACAUAGCAAGUAAGCCAAUAUACUGGAUAUAAUGUUUGGCCAUGGCCUGAAAGAUGACAUAAUACUACUGUUUUACCUCCGGUAUGGUGGUCUCACCAUGCUGUCUGUUGGUCCUCAGGUUGAGUGGUGCCUCUCCGUUCCUGGGGGAGACCAAGCAGGAGACUCUGACCAACAUCUCAGCAGUCAACUAUGACUUUGACGAGGAGUACUUCAGCAACACUAGCGAGUUGGCCAAGGACUUCAUCAGACGGCUGCUGGUCAAGGAUCCCAAGUAAGCCUGGUUUACUCUGGACGGAAUAUGCCAGGGAAUGCUUAAAAUAACAUACACAGGAACCAUGCACUUUGUCUGUCUUUUUUAAUAGCAUAUUAUCUUAGGGAACCUAGCAAGAAAUGAAGGUUUGUACCUUUCUGCACCAUAGCCUAGGUGAACCUUGGUCUUGGGUGGAAAUGUUAGAAUUGCAAAUACCAAGGCAUAAAAGUAAGGAAGAAAUGAGUCAUUGAUUUUCAUAUCUAAUCAUUUACAAAUGCUCUUAUUUCUCCAGGAAGAGAAUGACCAUCGAUGAAAGCCUUCAACAUCCCUGGAUCAAGGUAGGCACCUCUCACCAUCUCCUCAUACAUACUGUACCUCACAUAUCAGUAAUCCCCAAAAAUAUAUCACUAAUCCCCCAAAAUAUAUGCAACUCCUGGCUUAUAGCACCCAUUAUACUGAAGUUUUUUGGCUAGACAAAAGAAUUGAGCACAUUUCGCCCCCCUUUUUUUUCUACUAUCUAUUAAACCCCCUCUCCUCCCAGGUGAUCAAGAGGCGGAACGUGCGCCAGGAGGAGAGCGAAAAGAAGCCGGAGCGCAGGCGCCUGAAGACGACGCGUCUAAAGGAGUACACCAUCAAGUCCCACUCCUCCAUGCCCCCCAACAACACCUACGUCAACUUUGAACGCUUCUCCCAGGUGCUGGAGGAGAUCGCUGCUGCCGAGGAGGGGCUGAGAGACCUGGAGCACAACCAGAGGUGGGAGGGAUAAACGGAUGGAUAGUUGGAUGAUUCAAUGAAUGGAAGGAUUAAUUAAUUUAUGUGAUUAUUAAAAAUACAUAUAAAGCCGCUCUAGUUAGAUACAACAAUACAUCUAUCCAUUCAUUCUAACAUCCCCCUCUCUUCUCCAGGUCAUGUCAGGAGGACGUGGCUGCUCUAUUCUCUAUCUAUGAGGAGAAGGAGGGCUGGUACCAGGAGGAGAACCAGAGCAUCGCCAGCGACCUGGGUCACAUCCGCCAGGCGCUGCAGUGUACCCAGGCCCAGUGCAGACAGAGCCAGGAAGACGCCCGCGCCGCCAUGCUGGCCGCUAACUCACUCAAGAGGAAGUUUGGGCGCCUGGAGAACCGCUACGAGGUCCUGGCGGAGCAGGCGGCGUCGGAGGUGCGCUGGGUGGAGGAGCUGGUCAGAGGGAUAGAGCGGGAGAAGGACAGUCUGGUCAUCCCCUGAGACCUGGCUCCAGCUUGACUUUUAGAAUUGUCCUGAGCCUGGCCUG